CAUUUUCUCUCUCUACCUAUCUAACUACCUUCUCUCUCUUUCCCCUCCUUCUAAAAAUAGUUAGUAUGGGUCUUGAGAUUGAACAAGAACACCCUUGUGUUGAACUUUCAAAUAUUGCAACUUCUGAAACUCAUGGAGAAAAUUCUCCAUACUUUGCUGGAUGGAAAGCCUAUGAUGAAAACCCUUAUCAUGAAAUAACUAACCCUUCUGGAGUUAUACAAAUGGGCUUGGCAGAAAAUCAAGUAUCAUUUGAUUUACUUGAAAAAUACUUGGAAGAACACUCAGAGGCUUCAACAUGGGGAAAAGGUGGUUCAAGUUUUAGAGAUAAUGCAUUAUUUCAAGACUAUCAUGGACUUAAAUCAUUCAGAAAAGCAAUGGCAAGUUUCAUGGAAAAAAUUAGAGGAAAUAAAGCAAAAUUUGAUUAUGAAAGAAUCGUCCUCACUGCUGGUGCUACUGCUGCCAAUGAGCUCUUGACUUUCAUUCUUGCAAAUCCAGGAGAUGCUUUACUUGUUCCAACACCAUACUAUCCUGGAUUUGAUAGAGAUUUGAGAUGGAGAACUGGUGUAAACAUAAUUCCAAUCCAUUGUGAUAGCUCAAACAAUUUUCAAAUCACACUUGAAGCAUUAGAAACUGCAUACAAAAAUGCAGAAUCCAUGAACAUGAAAGUAAAAGCAGUACUUAUAACCAACCCAUCAAAUCCAUUAGGCAUAUCGAUUCAACGUUCAGUUCUCGAGGACAUUCUGAACUUCGUGACUCGCAAGAACAUACACCUUGUCUCAGACGAAAUCUACUCGGGCUCAGUUUUCUCUUCACAUGAAUUCAUAAGCAUAGCCGAGAUUCUUGAAUCUCGUCAAUACAAAGACGCGGAAAGAUGUCACAUUGUUUAUAGUCUUUCUAAAGAUCUCGGUCUACCAGGUUUCAGAGUCGGAACAAUUUAUUCCUACAACGAUAAAGUUGUUACAACAGCACGAAGAAUGUCGAGUUUUACCUUAAUAUCUUCACAAACACAACAUCUUUUAGCAUCAAUGUUGUCAGAUGAAAGUUUCACUGAUAAUUACAUCAAGGUCAAUAGAGAAAGAUUAAGGAAAAGAUAUGAAAUGAUCAUUGAAGGUUUGAAAAGUGCUGGAAUUGAAUGCUUGAAAGGUAAUGCAGGGUUGUUUUGUUGGAUGAAUAUGAGUCCAAUGUUGGAAAGUAAUACAAGAGAAGGUGAAUUGAAGCUUUGGAAUGAGAUUUUGAAUGAAGUUAAGCUUAAUAUUUCACCAGGGUGUUCUUGUCAUUGUUCCGAACCCGGUUGGUUUAGGGUUUGUUUUGCAAAUAUGAGUGAAGAAACACUUGAACUUGCACUCAAAAGAAUACGUGAUUUCAUGAAUAACAAGGACAGAAAGGAUAUAGGAAUAUAAUUUUUACCAUCACUCUACCAUGAUUAAAUAGUAUUUUUUUAGGGUCAAAUCAAUCAGAAGAGUCAGAGUUUGAAUCAUGACAAAAAUAAUCAUUUGUCAAGUUUUACUUAUCUCCCAAACGAAUUCCGAUUACCAGUUUCUUUCGCCUUGAAAUGGGAGGGAUAAGACCAAAACAUUAGAGUCUUUGUUUAUUUAUUUUUAUUUUUUUUCAAAUGGUUGAGGCCAUUUUGGUAUAUUCUUUUAAAAGCACAUAAUGUAAAGGUGAAUAUUCAAUUGAAGUGUAUCAAUCCCUUGUUUGCUUGCUUAAUUUACUUAAGCAAGUUUUUAUUACAAAAUUAAUCUUUUGUAUUAUUUUGUUUUAUAAUGAAUGAAAUUUGUUACUAUUAAA